CGGGCCGCCCGGGCUCUUCAUGGAGCGCUCGCAGAGCCGCCUCAGCCUGUCCGCCUCCUUCGAGGCGCUGGCCAUCUACUUCCCCUGCAUGAACAGCUUCGACGAGGAGGACGCGGAUGGGGAUGGCCGGAGACUGAAAGGUGCUAUUCAGCGGAGCACAGAAACUGGACUGGCUGUUGAAAUGCCAAGCCGGACAGUCCGUCAAGCCAGCCAUGAAUCCAUCGAGGACAGUAUGAACAGCUAUGGAUCUGAGGGAAACCUGAAUUUCAGUGGAGUCCAUCUGGCAUCUGCUGGGCAGUUUAGUGACUUCCUGGGGAGUAUGGGUCCUGCACAAUUUGUUGGUCGUCAGACCUUGGCCACCACCUCCAUGGGGGAUGUGGAAAUUGGCUUGCAGGAGCGAAAUGGACAUCUAGAAGUGGAUAUCAUACAGGCCCGAGGACUAACUCCAAAGCCUGGCUCCAAAACUCUUCCAGCUGCUUACAUCAAGGCUUAUCUAUUAGAAAAUGGAGUGUGCAUUGCCAAAAAGAAGACAAAAGUGGCUCGCAAAUCAUUAGACCCACUAUACAAUCAGGUGUUACUGUUUGCCGAGAGCCCGCAAGGCAAAGUAUUACAGGUGAUAGUCUGGGGAAACUAUGGACGCAUGGAGCGCAAACACUUCAUGGGAGUAGCCAGGGUUCUCUUGGAAGAACUGGAUUUGUCAACCUUAGCCAUUGGCUGGUACAAGCUUUUCCCGACCUCCUCAAUGGUAGAUCCCACUACCGGUCCACUCCUACGCCAGUCCUCACAGCUUUCUCUGGAGAGCACGGUGGGACCUUGCUGUGACAGGUCUUAAUGAGUAAGGAAAGGGGAACUGCUUCUGUUUUUUAAACAUGCUGUCAAGGUUUUGUUUGCUGGAACUCUGACCUCAAGUGCGGUGCAUGUUCAAUCAGUUCUUAUGGAGCUGGAAGAGGAGGAUAACCCAGUGACCUUAGACAGAAGACAAGGGAGAGGGCAGUGCUAUCCUCUCCAUCUAAGUUGGAGGUGCCAUGGGGCAUGAGUCCUAGUUGUCAGUUAUCCAUACCCCUCAUGUUUAACUUCUCUCACAAUCAUUCUGGCACCCUUAUUACAGAUCACCAUUUACCCUACAAAGUCACAGCAUCAUUUUUUUUGAGCAGGGAAGGUAUUUUAACUUUGUACUUUAUGAAUUUCCAAACCAGACUUUUCUGGCAUUGCCUGAAAGGUUCAGAUGCAAACAUCUGAUCAGAAGAGAGCAGGGAUGGCAAGCUUUUAUGGGAGCUUUGUGUUUUUUAUACAAUCUUUCUCCUUAAAAAUGAAUUAAUAAAAAAGGAACUCUUUCUUUAGAAUAAAUUCUACAUCAAAGAAUCAUGUUAGUUGUAAAACAAUUGUUGGUUUGUUUUUAAACUGUGCCAAAUUACCAGCAAGUGUCUUUAAUACAUUCUUGGCUAACACUGCUGACGAAGCAUAUUUGAUAGGAAAAUGAAUAGAGCAUACUUUACUCAGACCAGACAGUUCUAAUGGAGGCACUUAGCAUGAUAAUUAGCUGCAAUUUUGCUCAGAGAAACACUGAAAGUGGGAGCUGAACAUCAGACUUUCAGUUUGCGAUGUGGCUUACUAGCAUGUUGUCAGAUAAAACAUUCCACAGUUUACAAACUCCUUCCUUUUUUGCCAUGCAUCCCUUACUCUACCUUCUGCAUUCUGUCCAUCUUUUCUGUGUACUGGUACAUAUCUUAUAAAGUGCUACCCUUCUUCUGCCAACAUGUCAUGCUGUGAGUUAACCGGAAAUAAUAGUUUUAUUCAAUGACAGGAAAGGGUGUGAUAUUUCUGGGAGUGCAGCAAAGAGAAACUCAACUUUUCAUCUUGUAAGGGGUUCUAGAGAGGGACUCAACUUGUCCCCUUCCAUGCUUAAAGAAGGCGGAGUUGCCCAAGAUUACCCUGUUAAUACACAAGCAUUGUUAGGUGUAUUGAAAGAGGAGGACACUUUUCCCAGAGUGCAGAAAGAGGUGGUGGCUGGGGAAUCUAACAGAUGCUCUAGUCAUAACAUAUGUAGAUUUUGCUUUAAGGACAGCAACAGAGAACAUCCAUUGCUAGCUGUAAGUAAAUGCAGGUUAACCCUGUAAUGUAUAUUCUGUAAGCUGCUGAGCAGACAGUAGCUGCUGUUAAAGAGAGUCAUAUAUACUAGAGCAGUGGAGGUAAUGUGCUAUUUGUAUUAGAUUGUUCAGGUGAUACAAAAUCUUAUGCUUGGAAACACCCAUUCCCCAAAGCCAAGGAGAAUUUUUUAGAAGGCUGACAGAUUUCAUGGGGUUUUCUUUAUGUGGGCCUUUCUGCUAGAUUUCUUGUCAUAAUUUUUAAUGAAGAUUUGGUGGCUAGUGCCUCAAAGUAGGUGCAAGGAAAUAUUUUGUUUGGUGAUUUAAGAAGCCGAGGUCCUACGUAAUGCUCAGGAACCAGCAAAUUCCUGACUUGUCAUUGAAACACACUGGAUGUGUCAACAUGUGGACCACAAAUAUGUCAGAAUAUAAGCAUGAAGUUUUAUAGGAUGGAAAAAGUGCUUGUGGUGAUUGCUUGUCUGUGGCAUUUUAAAUUUAUUUUGAAGCAAUUACAGAAUAGGUGCAAAAAUAAUGGACCCAACAACGAGCUCUGUAAAAACUGAUAUAAUGUAAAAGGGGAAAGGGACAUAAACCUAAGAAUUUUAAGAGUCUCAAGAUAGUAAAGUUUCAACAUUUCAGUCCACUCUCUUAAUUUCUUUGGUAAACUAUGUCUCUGGCCUCACUCUAAUUAUUUUUUCCUAAUUGUAUUGGACAAUUUCUGUAUAUUAGCUGACAAAAGUUUGUUGCAUGCUGGUCAAACUAUGUUGUGACUCUUUUUAAAAAAACAAAAAAGCACAUUAACUGUAAUUCAAGUCAACACCUUUUCCUCUUGGUAUGUAGUAAGUACUAGGCAAUAUUGUACAAUAUGUGUAUGAACUAGAAUAGAUUAGGUAGAUUUAGUGGUUUGUAGCACUGGAUCUUUUAAUAACUACGUCUUUAAAAGGACUAUGGGAAAAUACAAAUACAUUCCAAGCCUGAUAACUGAAUGGCAGGGGUCCUACAUUCAGUUAUUUAGAAAACUUUUUAUUGGUAUAUGGUUUGGACAUUAUCUACCUGUAUAUCUAGUUAGUCACAUUUUACCUAUGUUCAUUAGUAUGUAUGCAACUUUUUGAAACCUUUAAUUAGGAGUUGGGGGAUGAUAUACACCAAACUAAGUACCUUCAAGAAAUCUCCUUUUGGGACUGGCUUUGGUCCUCCAUGAACAGGAAAUUCCACAGGGUUUUGUCCCCCUCUCCAAAAACUCUGCAAGCUCAAUGUGAUCAGUUUAGUUAAAAAUAGGACUUAUACAACUUUGACUGUCUUGUCUAUGUUUUUUAUUACAUUAAAAGGUCUUUGUCAGGUUAAAUUCUUAUUCUAUAAAUUGUAUUUCCUCUCCUGUGUUAUUUUAUUAACACCUGAUAUUAUGAAAACUGAAACUAGUUUUCACCAUCUGUUUGAUGCUGUGUUGUUUAUCUUCUGUUGCUCUGGGAUCAGGAUAGUGGGCUAGUAAGUUUGCUUCUGUUUCUUGUCAGUUUCACUUCCUGUUUCUUAUGGACUAAGUCAAUGUUGCAAUGUCUGGUUCCAUACACUGUAGGUCAUACUUAGAGGCAAAUAAAAAGUUUUCACUGAGAUUAAAACAAAGCAGAACAAAAUCACAGCAACUCUUCUAAUGACUCAUGUAGGCAUAGAGAUGAAGGGCAGGCCAGGUCCUUACAAUCAUAGCCCAAACUUCUCCAUUUCUCAGGCUAUAGAAGCUCACACAGUGGCUUCUGCAUUUAACUUAACUCACUAACUUUGGGUAGAAGUAAAGGAAAUAUUUUCUAACCCCCAGUUUUUAAAUAAAGACUCCAAGCGAUAGAGAGUCCAAGCAGGGUCUUAAGCUUAGAAAAGCUUAUUUUUGCCAAACCUAACUUUUUCAUCCAACUCCAAGAUAAUAUAUGUGGUAGCUCUAACUUCUGCUCUGGUCAAUUAGAGUUUGUAAAAGUAGCAGUUGUCUUGAGCAGUUAGCAUCUGAAAUGUGAACUUUGGUCUUCUUUUAAAAAAGGUAAAACAGUUGUUUUGUGUUUAAAUCUAGGUGUUAGUUGUUAUUGUUCUUUUUUUAAGAAAAAGGAGUGGUACAUACGUGACGUGCGAGUAAAGAGGACUGAGUAUGGAGACUAGUUAGUGUCUGCCCAAGGCAAGGCUGAUUCUCCAUUUCUUUAAUUCCAAAAGCUACGUUUAAUCUUGAUGGGAGGCUUGGUUACAAACGGAAUGAAGGCUCAGUUCGUGGAUAUUAAUUUAUUUGUUGGCUAUACUUUUUUCAAUGAGAGGAUGGUGAUGACCACAUCACUGAGGACAAAAUUAUCUUUUCCCAUUGAUAAUUCUAUGAACACAAGAAGAACAGAAUAUUAGAAGUGAGAGAACUGUUCUGUUAGUAAGCUGAACAAACAGAAGCCAUGUUGGGCAAAAAAUCUGAUGUUCGAUCCUCCUGGUGUUGCUUUCCUUUCUCUCAACCCAUUUGGCAUGAUAUAGAGACAAAACAAGAUCCCCAUCCUGCAACUGAAUCAGUAGAGACAGACCAAGGGAACCUCCACAGACCCAAGGCAUUAGGGUUUAGUCUCUGCAAGUCUGUCUGGAAGAAAAGGGCAAGGGAAACCUUGGCCUGAUCCUGGCUCAAAAAGUGUAUCCCAACUUCACAGCAAAGGAAUUUUUAGGGAGAUCACUGAACUCUUGGGCUGUAUAUAUUUAAAGUUUUUAAAUACUGGAUCCUUUAUCAAUCUAGUGUUCCAAAAUCAUAGGUCUUCUGGAGUCAGAACAUUACAAGUUCCUCUAUAAUGUUGAGGCAGUUAGCAGAACCUCAUCCUAAGCAUGGUUGGUAAUGGGUAGACAGCAAGACAACUUUUUUAUGAAAUUCAUUUUGAGUUAGUUUAUUACAUGCUAUUAUUAAUAUUUUAAAACAGGAUAAAUAUUUUUCUUUAAAAACAAGAUAGCAUAUGUUUUUUAACAGAUGACACGAUUUAGCAUUUUCAAAAGCAUUUAAUGCUUUGGGUAUGAAGUUUACUCAUUCUUCUGAUUUAUAUGUUCUUUGUUACAUUUUAUCAACAUUUUUUUCUAAAAACUAACAGGAAUCUGUAAAUAACAACCAGAAAAGAGUCCUAUAGAAAGUUCUGUUGAAACUGAUCAUUAAAUUAUUAUUAAAGUAUUUGUUAACAUUCAUUAAAUCUCAGCUACUAUCCAAGCCUUUGUUGAAGAACUUGAUGUUGUAUUUUCAAGAUGAAAACUACUUAGCUAGUUUUGUCAUAAUUCUGUAUUCUGUAUAAAAAUCUUUUUAUAAAGAAAGUCUAAUAGGCUAACAAGCAAUAAUAUAUUCCAUUUGAUGUGCACAGAUUGUGACUUGCAGGCUGUAGUACAUAUUGUUGAUAAAGUAUAUAGUUGUCUUCAUUCUUAAUGACAUCACUUUUUAAAAGAACCAUAUUAACUUUGAAGGUAUGGUUAAUAAAAUGAAGAUGGGGCUAUUGCCAUGUGAGAAACAUUCAUUAUGAUAUACACUUGCCCAUCAACAUGAGAUCUCUCUUAGGUUAUGAAUGCAACACAGCUGUAGGUAACUUCAAACUACAACUUUAAUAAUAGUUUCAGUGUAAACUUCAUGACUGUUUCAGUCUCCCUGAUGUUCUUAGGCAAUUCAGUAUUUGUAGUUUGAUAAGGUUUUCCCACUGCCACUGCAGCGCCUCAGACUGUGAAAAACUUUGCACUCUGGGGUUAUGCCAAUUCUGCCCUCCAGCUGUGGUUCUCUUUAGGAUACCACAGGCAAACUAAAGGCAGAUUUUACUGAGUGGUAUACUGAGCUGCUCAUUAAAGCUUUUGUGGGGUUUUUUGUCCAUUCCACAGAUGACAUUUUGUCAUUACAAAAAAUCCACCCAAGAUGGAGAUAAACACAACUUUGUAAAGUAUAACGUGGGAUAAUGCAUAAGCCAGUGACAGUCCCAUGCAGUUCCACAGAAAGUUAGAUAAUGCUGGGUUCAUUUAAAGACCAUUCCAAAAUGGCAGGACCAGAAGAUAACUACAUUUUAAGAAUGUUUUAGUAUUACAAGAUGCAAUGUAUAUUCAAUGCAAAAUAAAAUGUAGGUCUUGCAAUGAGUUUGGAUGCUCCUCCAUGUGAGUUCCCCCAUGCAUCAAGGAGUCUAUGGAGAAAUCCUCAUGUUGAUUUCAAACUUACUAAGCUCUUGGCCAGGUCUGCAAUGACAUGCUGGGCAGAAUAACAUAGCAGAAUAAACUUCCAUACAUCAACCCCAGUGUGACAGACUAGAAUGUGUAUACUGUCAAUAACUGAAUAUACCCUGGUAAUAAAAAGACUGGUAGCUGACAAGCCUGUGUCCAUUAUCUAGGACUCCAACUGAACUAAGCUGUUAUAUAUAUGUAGUCCCGCUUCUUCUAAUGGGAUUAUAGGUGGCUUCGACCUCCAACAAUAUGGCCACUAUCUUGUUAACUUGUCAAAUCCCCAUCUAUGCUUCACCCCUACAUGACCAGCACCAACAUAAAAAUGACACUUCAGGCAGCAACAGAAAAUUCCACUCCCUCCCGACACGUACACAACCUUGGCAGCAGUAUCUUUUUCCCAGGGAAUCUCUAACUUUUCUUUGAAGCAUGAAUGCUUCUUAAUGGAGAGGUUGUCUUGAGGUCUUGCCCUCCCAUUAACGAUGGCUCAGAGGCAAAUGUCCUUGCUUUGAAACACAAUCUCUCCUUGGUUGCUACUGUCAUCUCUUCCUGGGUAGACAAUUUCUUCCAGCUUGAGCUUCUUCUAGAACAAUAUGUAGCAGCUGAAAACAAGGAAGAGGAAAGAAGCCUGCCAGUUCUCAGCCAGUUCUCUACACAGCACCAGCAAAUGCAGCUUAGGACCUACCGGUCUGUGUCUUCAUCACUUUCCAGAGCUGUAACAUGAAACAGACUUCUGCAGCCCAAAUAUUCAGAAUUUGCCUUUCUGUAGCAAGUUGCGUGCCUUGGGAGCUGUGACACAGCCUCGUCUGUGCGAAAAGGGAUUACUUGAGUCCUGGCCACUGAGCAAUAAGUGGUUAGGAGAGAAAACCAAUCAGAAGGCCAAUUUGGAACAAAUCCCAGUCUUUAUUCAUGCAAAUUCCCACUAAAACCAAGCUGAGUUGGCUGAAUAAUAACUGCAGCACUAAGCCUUAAGGGCCAGGUUUUAAAAUGGGUUUCAUUGCCUAAAGAUUUAGAGAGGUUCAGACUGAGAUUCUCUGCAGAACUUUAGAAUAUCCCGCCAGAUACCUAUCUGAAUGUCUAGGUGCCUAAAUACCUUUACAGUUUUGUCAGGUGGGUUAAUACUGUUUGAUCCAUCACAACCUCUCACUCCUCCAUUUCCACAAAUCUGUCUUCUCAAGUGGAGUGUCAUUUUGAGAUAUUUAGAGGGGAAAAAAGAGUUAGAGUAAUA